CAAAUUGGUUAGAGUUAUUGAACGAGAAGUUGAAAAAGUGUUUUAAUGUGGCAGAUUUUUAUCAAAAAAGACCAUUGUUUUCAUUGUAGUGGCGACUAAUAGAUAUCACCUUUUGCUUGUUCUUAUUAAUUACAAACUUUUCCCAGUUAUUCGCGGAACUAACAUUAAAGGACAAUAGCCCAAAAGGAUAUCUUGAAAUUUCCAGUUGAAAAUCAUUUGUUGCCACAAUGGGAACUAUCAUUUCAAUGAUCAAAUCUAAACCUGAUGCCAUUCCGGAAAUGGUGAAACUCAAUGACGAAGAUGCUGCAAACAUCAAAAGAACUUGGGAAAUACCUCGCGCAACUCCCUUGGAUGCUGGUGAAGCUAUUCUUCUGAAAUUUUUCGAACUCUAUCCGCAUUGGCAAAAUAAAUUUGAACAUUUUAAAAAUACACCGCUCUUGACUUUGAAGGGAGCACCAGGGUUUCGCACUCAUGCUGGAAGAAUCGUAAAAUUGUUCGAUGAUACUAUUCAGGAACUUGGAAACGAUGAUUUUGAAAAGGCGUUGCCGAGGAUUUGGGAAGUGCAUGGUCGGAAUCAUUAUCGUCGAAGCAUUCCAAUACGGGCGUUUCGCGAUUUGAAGGAUGUCAUUCUGGGUAUCCUAACGGAAUUAUGUCAUCUAACACCAGGAGAAAUACAAUCAUGGGAAAAGUUGUUCUGCAACAUUUAUCACGUUACGUUUACUACCAUGGAGCAAAUGGCUAUUGAAACUGGAAAAAGUCGUUAAAUGUAUAAACAAAGCUGAUGUACAAAUGUAUUAUAAAAUCACAUUACUUUAUCAAUAUUAAUAUUUUAUUGCAAAACUAAUUGUUUAGCUAUAACCGUUUCUCUGAAAUAGAUCCCAAUUACCUCUUCCCGUAUAUGUUUUUCCCAGCAGAAAUUUGGCACGUUCUUGUUGUCCUCAUUUAUCUAUUGUAUGUCUUUCAUCUUGUGGUUCUGGUCAUGUUUAGUUUAAUUGAUCUCAAGGCGGACUUCUGCCCCUCAUAAUGUUCUUCCGAACUCACUGACCUCGUAAUCAAAUUUUCGAGCAUAAGGUUCUGUAUAUGUAGCUGUCUUGCCUA